CUCAUCACAAAGCAACCAAUGCUGCGUCCCACCUCCCUCUCCCCCCUACGCGGCGUAGCCUUCCGCCCGCAGCCAACAGCGCAAGGGCAGCGCAUCGCCCUGGCCUCGCUCCGCACCUCGGCCCGCAGUAACGCCUUUGCCAAGCCGUCGGCGAUACGCCAUGCCGCCAACCCGCAGUCGGGCAAGCCGGCGAGUGAUAACCUCAAGCACACCGUCCAAAACCUCAAAGAAGAAGCUGGGCAAGUCCGCUCAACGCUGGAACGCGCCGUCGCCGGUUCGAAGCAUCGUGACCACUCAUCCACACCCGAGGAUGCCGACGAGCCCUCUGGCGCUUCGCAGCUCCUCUCCGAGGCCAAGUCCAUCACGGGCGAAAUGGCCAUGCGCGUUCCGCAACCGGCCCUAGUAUGGGGCGUGGCUGGUGUGCUACCCUACGUGGGAACGGCGGGGGCUUCAGUAUGGCUUGCCCGUCAGGCCAAUCGGGUCAGCCAGGGCCUCGAGGCAAGCCUCGAUCUCGAAGCGGCCAAUGCCCUUUUGCUUCACGCAGAGAAUAUCCAGAUUGCAUACGGGGCCAUUAUUCUUUCCUUCUUGGGCGCUAUCCAUUGGGGAUUCGAGUGGGCAAAACUAGGCGGUCGAAUCGGUCAUGCACGCUACGCCAUGGGUGUCGCUCCCCUCUUGGUCGCUUGGCCCACCCUGGUUCUGGCACCGGAGAUGGCUUUGAUCUCUCAAUUUGCCGGAUACGUGGGAGUGUGGUUCAUGGACCUUCGUGCUACGAGUCAAGGGUUCGCUCCACGUUGGUAUAGCACGUACCGUUUCUGGCUCACGGCCGCCGUAGGGUCCAGCAUUAUCCUCACCCUCGCCGGGACAAACUACUACGACGUUUCCCCAUCGCGCUCUACGCAGCGUGGGGCCGGGGCGAAGCUUGCGGCCAACGUUCAGAAGGACGCCAAGCAGAAGGCCGAAGAGAUCAGGGCGAGUGCGCAGGGGAUUAAAGGAACGACGCCUAUUGAGGGCAAGGUGGGAGGAGAUGUAGUGGCCCAAAAGGGGGAGGAGUCCUUUGUGCAGUUGGAUAAUCCAAAGAGGCGCAAGGAGAAGGAGGAGGAGGAGCGCAAGAAGAAGGAGGAGGAAGAGAGGAAGAAGAAGGAGGAGGAGCAAAAGAAGAAGGAGGAGGAGGAGGAGAAGAGCAAGGGCAGCGGUGAGAAGAAGGAGGGCGACAAGAAGGAAGGAGAGGGCGACAAGGAGGGAGAGAACAAGGACGACGGCAAAGACUCAGGCGAGGGCAAGUCGGAGGGCGAGGGCGAGGGCGAGGGCGAGGGCGAGAGUGAGGGCGAAGGAGACAAGUAGUCGCGUCACUCCUCUCACCCGAUCAAACAGCAUGUCCGCGUUGCGUCGCAAUGGAAAUCGAAAUCGAGAUCGUCAAUGGACGAAGCAGCGCAAAGGAAUGGAUACAAGUACAUACAAGGAAUGAAGUCGAAUGUGAGAAUGACAGGUCGAAGUGUAGUGUUCCAUCACCGGCUCAUGGUGGGGCGAGGGGAAGGGAGGCUCUACGCAUACCGCCCUCCUUUCGGCAGCGCUGUGGCGGAAGAUGGGAUGGAGGGAAGGGGAGGGCGCGCUCCUACAGCUAAGCCAGUAGCGG